AUGCCAUCAUCAAUUGAUAAUAAAGAUGGCAGUAACAAUAGCUUGUCAUCAUCAAAAAAUUCAACACCUACAACUUGUACAAUAUGUCAUACUCAAACCACACCAUUAUGGCGUCACAAUCCUGAAGGUCAACCAUUAUGUAAUGCUUGCAGUCUUUUCUUAAAAUUACAAGGCGUAGUUAAGCGUUCAAAUCUAAAGACUGUCAUGAUGAAAAAACGUAAUCGUAAUGGCUCAACGUCAACAAUUAAAACCUCUGUUAAUAAAACUGGUAAAAGUACAGUUCAAACGGGUCUUGGUGGUCCAAGUAUGGGCAUUGUGGGUAAAGGAAUUUCAUUAUCGAUGGCUUUAAAGCAACAUCAUCAACACAAUAAUGGCAUUAAUGGUCUUAUGAGCAGUGGUGGUGGCUUUAAUAAUAAUAUACAACAAACAGCAGCUUCUAUGUUAUUAGAAUCUGCCCCAAAUGCUGUAAUGCGAUAUGCAAAUACUGCAUCAACAACAAAUAAUUCUUUUCAGUCAAUAGCUGCUACUGUUGCAUCAUCAUCAAACCGUCAAAGGAGAUUGUCAACCAAAGAAGAAUUUAUUGAACCAACUGAACUUACCAUAAAGUUUGUGGAUAUUCCUUUGUUUGAUGGUGUACGUGGAUAA